CCAGAAAAGCCAAAAGGUUGGACACCCAUGCCUUAACAGGUGAAUCAUUUUGCUGAAGACAUUGGCGAGAAGGCACCAAAAUUCCCAUUCCCAUAAAGAACCUUUGUGUCAGUCCUUUCAGAUAACUGUAAAAUAACAAAUCAAAGAGACUCCAUUUAUUUGUGUGUCUCGAGCGGAAGACAUCCUGGACACAUUGUAUAGCUGUGAGCUAAGAUAAGCUACGUAUGCACUGAUGAAGAGCCAAAGACUGGCAUUGUACAAAAAGCAUGCGUGAUCUUCCAGAAUGCUUUUAGGAAAUCAGACAAACAGGUGUUCAGAUUUGCUUCUCCAUAGAGGAUUUCUGUUGCUUCUGUUCCACGUUCAAGCUAUUGCAUCUUGCCCCAAGAGCUGCCACUGCUCUGACAUUAGUGGAGCAAUGGUAGUCCACUGCAGCUCUAGAAACCUGGAAGAAAUCCCCACUGACCUCCCUAUGGAAACUGUGUCUCUGAAGCUAGAUGCAAACAAAAUUCACCAAGUGCCUAAUAACGCAUUCAAGGACCUAAGUUAUCUCCAGGAGCUUGACCUUUCCAGAAAUGCUAUUGAGAAAAUAGAGUUGGCCGCAUUCAAAGGGGUAGCAGAGGGACUGAGGCUUCUUGAUUUGUCAGGCAACCAGAUUCAUAGCAUUCCAAAGGAAGCUUUGGAAAAGCUUAGGGCCAAGAUCCGUCUCUCAAACAACCCAUGGCAUUGUGACUGCACCCUUCAGGAGGUUCUUAGGGAACUCAAGUUGGAUCCGGACACAGUCAAUGACAUUUCCUGUCAAACAUCUGUUCAGGAGGAAUAUGUGGGCAAGCCAUUAAUUCAAGUUCUAGACUCUGGAAUCAAUUUCUGCAAUAUCCACCACAAAACAACGGAUGUAGCUAUGUUUAUUACAAUGUUUGGUUGGUUUGCUAUGGUGAUAACCUACGUGGUGUAUUAUGUGAGACACAAUCAAGAGGAUGCCAGGAGGCAUCUGGAAUAUCUCAAGUCAUUACCAAGCACCCAAAUAACCAAAGACUUUGAUACAAUCAGUACUGUUCUGUAGAUAUAGAGCAGAUCACCAUAUUGUGACAAUAUAUUGUGGUGCAUUCACCCAUUUGCUGCUGGAAUAUGUUAUAAAUUAAGAGAGCGAAAGCUCUCUGAAAUGAAUGUCACGGUUUAUCUUACACAACAUUUUACAAGUCAUAUGGAUGCAAAACGCAUUCUGGAUUCUCUAACAUGCAAACCCACUAUGCUUUUAAUAUGCACUCUAAUUAUCUCUUAGAACGGACUUAUUUAUUUAAUAUGGAAAGGACUACAAAGCAAGUACCAUCGGUAAGAUUACCAGAAAAUAAAAGGAAAAAGGCAGCAUAGAGUUUAAACUAUAUAAAAAUUUAUUUUAAAAAAAGUACUCUGUAUCACUAUAAGUAGCAGCAAGCCUUUCUCAGUAUAUCUGCACUCUGUUUAACCACAGUAAUUGCGGGAUUAUGUUAGAAAAAUUGAGGUUCUCAUAUCAAACAUAUCACCCUGGAUCAUAUUUUUGGAAUACCCAAACGGUAUUGCAUAUUGCAAGAAAAUUAUGUAUCGGUUUCCAGUUGGAAGUAAUUGAGAUCCAGGAGGCAUUCGGAUGCACCAAUUACAUUGUAACACUAAUGGUGUGGAUCAUUGUGAAACUGCAUCACCAAACCAUGUGUGUCCUCCUCCCCCUAGCCUGAACUAACCAUGAGUUACAUUUAUCUAAGGCUUUGUGCCUAGGGGUGCUUCUCAAGUAAACACAUCUAAAGUUUACUGACUUACUAGAGGGUUUUUACUGGAGGGUCUAGCUGUGUAUAUUGUGAGGUAUGGCUAGAUAACAAGAUAGCAUGCUGUUUUACGAAAUGGCCAUUCACUUAACUAAACAGAAACGCACAGCUUAAUUUAGAAGGGGAACAGUGAACGUUUUCAGGGACUUGAAAAAUAUUUUGGGAACAGAUCAUCAAGCUUUUAUAUUAAAAGGACAUUUCACAAAAAUAUAUCAAACUCCUUUUGUAUGUGUCCCUUCCUAAUAUUAAUAUCCCUUCUCUCUCUCUCUCUAUGUUCCUAUAAACGUUAUCUGAAUUUUUGGACUGAUGGGGAUUAUUAUGGAAAUGAUAGGUUUCCCAAAGGGAAAAAGUUGUAACAAAUAUUUGUGGGUGCUCUUUGGCCCGUCCUCUAAGAGACCCUUUGCUACAAUUCCUGGGUGCCAUAGAAAAACCUCCAUGGUCUGUAUUCUAUUUUUACAUGUUUAAUUAUAAAACUGGGAUUAUAAUCCAAGAGUCUGAAUGCCAAGUGUAGAACAACCUUAACGAAUCGAUAGAACUGGCACACAGAAGUCUUGACUAAAUAGAAAUAUAAAACAUUUAAUGAACUACUAUAUAGUAUUUUUAAAAUAGAUAUUUAUUAGAUAUGUAUCUUUUUAUAUUUAUUAUACUAGACAGAUCUGUUUCCGGGCAAUUCACCCUCCGGACUUUCAAUAAAUGCUCAAUGUCACUUGUUUCAUCUCAGAAAAAAGACACUGUAUAUGGGAAGAUUUAUCUUUUUUUAUGUGUAAAGCUUAACAAAUGCUAAAAUUAUGUCAUCAUGUAAUUUUUUAUCUCACUGCUGACCUAUAUUUCUAAUUUAAAAGCAAAAAAGUUACUUGUGCACUAUCCCG